AUGCCCCGGAGGGACUUCCAGAGAGAUCUCGCCGAAGUCCGUCUUCCAGAUACGUUUCCGCGACUGUCUGACGUCAGAUCCGGAAGCGAGGAUGGAUCCAUCUACUUUACCUACACCCCUCUAGCGGGCGAUCAUCAUUCGCUUGACGUUGAAGUCUCCGUUCCAGAUACCGCGGAAUACCCCAAAGAUCACCAUUACUUCGUAUUCACAGUCUCAGAAAAUGUCCCCCAGUCUGUCUCGCGUAUUCUAGAGGACUCACUACCCACUUUCCAUGGCCUCCCUCUAGGGACCUUCCUGGAGACGGUAUCGGAAUGCCUGGACAAGGCAACUUCACCCGAUGACAGUGUGUCAGACUCAGUGCAACUGGACAGCGAUACUAGUGACACCGAGGAAGAAAACGAUCCGAUGGAGUGGGAAGAUGAGGAGGAGAAUAUCGAAGCAGGGUUCAAAAUAGGAGAGGCCAUCCCUGACGUACGCGAUUACAUUUCUGCAGACCUACGCAAAGCUCGCCAGGCUGGGUUCCGGGUGGGCAUUCUGGGUGAGCUGGAUGGGCCUGUGAUUUUAUCCGCAUCUCGCCGCAUCUCGAAGCUGGGAAUCUCCAAUGAAGCUAUGGAGGCCUGGGGUGUCCGUCCUACAGACUACCUUGUCCUUCUUGUUCGUUAUCCGUCCGGUUAUCGACGUUUACCAGAUGUGGUACUCUCCUCUGCAGGAACUAGCUCGAUGAUUCAGUUAUAUGUUGGGGUCUGUGAGAUAUACAAACCUAGUUUGAACUCCGCCCGUCAUGUAUUCGCAACUGGGGUAGUGUCUGGGUUGGAUGACACAGAUAAUGUGAAAAUGGAGCCGGCACUAGGGUCCAUCCUUAUUGGAAAGUCUCUUCAGUCCUUACUCAAUGAUCGCUUUACAAUGAUUCUUAAAUACCGGUUGGAGAAUGGCUUUUCAUGGACAGGGGCAGAAUUAUACUUGAACGAUGGUCAAGGAAGACUGUUGCAUGCCAAUGAAAAGAGCCAACCAAAAUACUUUGAGUCAGAGACCUGGCGUGUGCCGCCACCGGAUUUCUUGAAGGAUGAUCAUCUCGCACAGGGUGGACCGCCGUCUGAGAUGUCUUUGAUUCUGAUCGCUAUGCAGUUCACCCUUCGCCGUUUUGUGAAAUGCACCGAGUUCUGCCUCAACUGUUACUGCAAAAUCGACGCUGGAUUCGAGGCUCUUAAGCCGUUCGUGUGCUCAAAGGGACUGUGCUUGUAUCAGUACAUGUCUUUGGGGAUGGGACCCAGUCUGGAAUGGGAAAUAUCAUCGCAACCAUAUGUGGCCGACCUGCUGAUAAGUUUUGCCUAUACCAGAAUUGCAACAAACAAACUCCACGAUUUUCCAACUGGUUUCCCGCUGAAGGUUCCACAUCCAGGUCGGACUGCAAUGAAUCCCGCCAAUUUCUCUUCAACCGCCUACCGCGGAAAACUCACGUAUGACGACGCACUGGGGUCGCGCCUUUGUAUUUACAGUAGUUGUGAUAUAAAGGUAGGCGACUGGAUUGUAAUUCUGGUGGACUAUGCGACCUCGGACCAAGCCGAGAUACGGAAUCGGCAAGAAUUGCAUGCGCGUGUUAAGGACACCACGGACAAGUCGAAUGUCAUCCUUGGGGACCUGAUUGCUUGCGGGCGCCGAGAAAGCUUCUUUCAGUUACUCAAAGAUGCCCAGAACGGACCGGUGCACUUUGUGAUGUAUGAUACGGAUCUUGCCUCGCUUCCUGACGUUUCAAGGACAAAUGCGCUGAUGGACCUUUUGGGCACGCUGCCUACCGUAUCAGAAAUGAAGGCCUGGAUUGACCAGAAGAAAGGCGGCCACCUCAGACCCCUUUCCGAGUGGCACGAUAGGAUCCAUAUGUCGGCUCUGUAUGUCCUCCAAUGGAUUAUCGGAUCCAACCGCUCAGUUAUACUGUUUGACGAUGACCCGCAGCACCAAGUGUCGGGAAUGGAAUCGUACAUCCAAUUCAGGUUUGCCCAAGGUGCCCCAGACAAGGAACAGCGGUUUGUGAAGGCCGUAAACACGACUGCUUCUCGGCUAAAUCUCCAGUAUCCAACUCUAUUCGCCUGGCAUGGAAGCCCCUUGUCUAACUGGUACAGCAUAGUUAGGGAGAGCCUCCAUUACAAGGAAACCAUGAACGGCCGAAGCUUUGGAAACGGGAUAUAUCUGACUCCAAACUUCAAUACUUCGGUUGGCUAUUGUAGGAACCACCACAGAGAUUUAGGUCCUGUAUCACUUUCCUGGCCGAAGAGCGAGCUGAAAUGCACAAUGGCGAUAUCCUUAAACGAGGUGGUCAACGCUCCGGCCGAGUUCACGUCAAAAGAGCCUCACUAUGUGGUGCAACAUGUGGACUGGGUCCAGCCUAGAUAUCUUUUUAUUGAGUGCGCGCAGCCCAUGCCGGACCACGCUAAGCGAGCAAAGUGCGAGAAAUUAGCCCACGUUUAUUCGCAGGAGCCUGGCCGUACUGUCUUCGGACCCAGAGGGGCCCUGACUAUCCCCAUUUCCGCCACAAACAGCCACCGCUCUAGGGAUUCGGCAGAGCCACCAUCGAGUGGAAGCCCGAAGCCUGUCAUCAAGAACGGGAAACGGAAAAAGGCCACUGUCAAACGCGAUGCACCUGACAAUGACGACGACGACGAUGCAGCCAGUGUGGAAACCCUUCCAGAGGACCGGCAGGUGCUGCUAUCCGACGAAGAGUCAGCCCCCCGUAAACAAAGCAAGCUGUCCGUCACCUCUUUCGAGCCGAAUACCCUCGAUGUAUCUUCCAUCCAGCUACUCGGUGAGCCAGCGUACGCAACACCACGGGCAACAAAGACCCUUCAAAAGGUACUCCGUCAAGCCCUCGAUACGCAGGACAAACGACCCCAGCACGAACUAGGCUGGUACAUCAAUGCCAACCAUAUCGACAAUGUCUACCAAUGGAUCGUCGAACUCCACAGUUUCGAAAAGCACCUCCAAAUAGCACGCGACCUCGAACAGGCCGGACUGCGAAGCAUUGUCAUGGAAAUGCGCUUCCCCCCCGAAUUCCCCUUGUCGCCGCCAUUCCUUCGAAUCAUCAAACCGCGUUUCGUCAGGUUCGCUGAGGGCGGCGGCGGACAUAUCACCGCAGGCGGUGCAAUGUGCAUGGAACUCCUCACGACGUCGGGCUGGCUCCCUGUAUUCUCAAUCGAGAGCGUCCUCUUGCAGGUUCGACUGGCUAUCACGAAUGAGAUACCCCGGCCGGCGAGAUUGGACUUUGACUCUAGCCGCAAGGAGUAUGGUAUUGGGGAGGCUAUCUAUGAGUACAAGAGAAUGUGUGUUGCUCAUAACUGGGAAGUUCCGAAGGACCUUGACAAGGUUCGGUGGUAG